GUGUGUGUGUGUGUCAGUGCUGAGGGCUUGGAUUUCUCCGCGCUCGCGCUCGGUGGCUCUCUGGAAACGGCGAUCCGGCGCUGCGUAUCCCCCCGGCAAACAUGUCUAAGCUGGAGCAGAUCCUCAUCCUCGAUCCUCCGACUGAUCUCAAAUUCAAAGGUCCGUUCACAGAUGUCGUCACGGCUAACCUGAAACUAACGAACCCGUCAGACAAGAAAGUAUGUUUCAAAGUGAAGACCACAGCGCCACGCCGGUACUGCGUACGGCCCAACAGCGGCACCAUCGACCCCGGCGCCUCCAUCAACAUCUCAGUCAUGCUCCAGCCCUUCGACUACGAUCCCAAUGAGAAAAGUAAACACAAAUUCAUGGUGCAGACCAUCUUUGCACCGGCCGCCGUCACAGACACAGAGACCAUGUGGAAAGACGCGAAACCCGACGAGCUCAUGGAUUCCAAACUGAGAUGUGUGUUCGAGCUGCCUUCUGAAAACGAUAAAAUGAACGACGUUGAUGUGACAAACAAGGCUGCCCCCGUCUUGGCCUCCUCCAAGGUGGAAGGAUCGACUGCACCCAAACCCGCAAGCGCCGCCCUGGAUGACACGGAGAUGAAGAAGGUUCUGGAUGAGUGCAAGCGACUGCAGAUGGAAAUGAGCAAGCUGCAGGAGGAGAACCGGCAGCUUAAGGAGGAUGGAUUGAGACUGAGGAAAGUUCAGCGACUCGAGCACACGUCCUCCAACUCCAGCUCUCUGAUUGGCCGUGAUGUGGCCACCACCUCCCUCCCAUCACUCCUGGUCGUCAUAGCAGCCAUCUUCAUCGGAUUCUUCCUCGGCAAGUUCAUCCUGUAGAUGGACAAGUGGAGGGGAGUCUGAUGUGUCUGCCUGCCUAUCAACCGGUUCCAGAGAGAGGGAGAGAGGGAAAGAGAGGGAGAGCGCACACGGCCUGGAUGAAAGGGGAAUGUCUUUCUGUUGACUUUGCCAUAUCAUUGGUAGCUGGGCCAGCGGCAGAAACACACAUCUGUGCGGCAUCAUAAUGUCCUCAGCCUCACAUAUGGUUAAUCCAAUACGAGAGAGAGAGGGAGAGAGAGAGAUGGAGGGAGAGAAAGAGGGAACAAAAGCAGAAAUAAGGUUCUUUCCCCUCUCUGUCUCUUUUUAUUCCCACACUGUUCUUUUCUUUGUGCAAUGGACAAACGAUAACUCAGCAAACAUGCUAAAAAUACAGUAGUGGUUUAAGAAAAAGAAAAAAAAUAUAUCAUAAAACCAUCUCACAAAGAAAAGAGACAGGACACAUCUCAGAGACCCAAAUGAUUAAGGUGUUGAUAUAAAUCUUUUUGUUCCCCACAUCACCACUACAGCCACCACCACCACCACCACGCUCCUCACUCUCUCUUUGUUGUUUUAUUCAAACUUCAAUGGAAUGUUAGGUGUCUUGUAAAUGUGAUUUUAAUCCUUUUUAAUAAAAGGAAAAACCAACCUCCAUCAAAACGAAAAAAAAAAAAAAAAAAAAAGACCUCAUGACCCUUUUCACCCCCAGGCCGCCUCAGAAAGACGGCAGAUAUUUCUACCUUCCGCUGCCUCUCCAUUUCCGCAGGAUCAUCAACAGUUGGGCUGGGAACAAAGAUGCCUCCUUUUGUACAUUUUGUCUUUUUUUCCUGUCCCUAACGAUACCAAUGCAGACUUUUAUUACUGUUAUAUCAUAUUAUUAAUAUUAUUAAUGUACUUUAUUUUCCCUCAGUACAAAGCAUUUAUCCGUACUUGAGGCAAACGUUGACUGAAGUUAAAGUCUACACCUCUCCUGUUCUGUUCAAUGUUAUUCAACAUUAAAGAAAAAUAAAAGUGGGGAUAUAAUUAAA